CUUAAGCAUGGCCGACGACGAACAGGAUUUCGAUGACAUUGAUGAUGUUGAUGACGAUGAACCAUUGGAUGAACCUAUAGAGCAUCAGGAAGCAGGAGCAGAGGCUGUGGACAUCCUUCCUGCAUCAGAUGUACCUAAAGCUGUGGAGCCUCAGAAAAGGAUUACAACCAAAUACAUGACCAAAUAUGAACGAGCUAGACUGCUAGGGACAAGGGCUUUGCAAAUAGCGAUGUGUGCUCCAGUCAUGGUGGAAUUGGAAGGUGAAACAGACCCUCUUCAGAUUGCUAUGAAGGAGUUAAAAGCACGAAAAAUCCCGAUCAUCAUAAGAAGAUAUCUACCUGAUGGCAGUUAUGAAGACUGGGGCAUAGAUGAGCUGAUAAUCUCAGAGUAGCUCUCAUGUAUCAUUCAUUUGUAACUCUGUAUAUCAUCUGUUUUCAUCACAUUAUCAUUUGUUUGUAUCACAGUAUCAUUUGUUUGUAUCACAGUAUCAUCUGUUUUCAUCACCAUUAUUCACAUGUCAUUUAGAUCUCAUAAUUUUUGUCAUUUUUAGAAUGGAUGAUCAUGUUAUUACAGAAGCUACUGUUGGAGAGAUGUUUUAUUGCUUGGAUUUCUCUUUACACUGGUUUUAGUAAAACUUCACCCCUCAAACUCAA